ACUCGAUUCCAAUUGUUUAAUUUUUAGAAUAAUAAAAAAUGUGUGUACUUAAAAUAAAAGUUAUUUCGUAUGUAAAUUGAAUGAUAAUGUAUCAAUAUACCACACUAUGUAAAGUAAAAUAGAAUAGCAUAAUCGAGUAUUUGUGAUUGGAAUUUUUAAUGAGACUAGUAUUGCAACGUCAAAGAAAAAAUAACAUCGGAAAACGGAGACAAAAAGAAAGUCUGCAAAUUUUGAUGAACAUCCCCCGGACAUUACCCUUACAUAUAGCAAACUGUAUAUAACCUGAUAUUGUUAUUACACUAUAAAGAUUAUUUGUGUCAAUCAUACAAAUUAGUGAAUAAUCCAAUAAUUAUUAAAAUCGCUGGAGGCCAAGAGCCUCUUGGGCGUCUAGUACACGCCAACUUGUGUGUGUGCGUCCUGUUCUGACCGCUGUGUUGGCGGUGUUUGCGAUGGAAAACGAAUCUGUAAAGUCGGAACACAGCGGACGAUCUAGACGUUCACGCAAUCACAAUAACAACAAUAGCGUUAAUGCUGGGGGUACUGGCCUGAGCAAUAGCGGAAGUGGAGGCACUGUAAAUAACGGUUAUCAUCGCGAUCGUACACGACAUUCUCACCGUAGUGGGCAUACAAAGUCAAGUGGUAAACACCAACGCGGCGACAUGGCACCAUUCCAGACAAGCGUAAAUAUGACAGGUGAAGAAAAUCGAGAUGGACAGGAAAUAAUCGAAGUACAAAUAUUGCCACAAGAUGAAAAUUGGGGCGAGAAUACAACUGCGGUCACCGGCAACACAUCUGAACAAAGCAUCUCUAUGGAGGACAUCAACAAUGCCUGGCAUCGUGAGAAUGACACAAGUUUUGGGUUCGCUUGCCGGCGACGUUUAGAAUCUGCUUUUUCACUCUUACUCGGAUUUGUAUCUUUCUUUUCGCCUGUCGCUAUGGUGGUAAUGCCGCGUAUGGGUUUCUUUCCGUCUGCAUUUGAUCAUGCUGAACUCACGCAAACCGUGCGCACACAAUUGCUUGCGUGUAGUAGUGAAUGCAAGGGUUUGUUAGUUUCACUAACUGCACGACUCAUUUUAUUAGCAAUCGGACUGUGGGCGCUCUUUAUGCGUCGAUCAGCGGCAACCAUGCCGAGAAUAUUUCUGUAUCGAGCUCUUGUGCUCCUACUUGUUACCAUAUGCACGUUUGCCUAUUGGCUUUUCUAUAUGGUGCAGGUAACUAAUGGUGCCAAAGUGGUUGUGGAGACAGGCGGUGAUGCAGUUAACUACAAAUCACUUGUUGCCUAUGCAACAAAUUUGGUAGACACAUUGCUUUUUAUUCACUACAUUGCUGUGGUUUUGCUGGAAUUACGCCACCAACAACCAAUGUAUUAUGUUAAGAUAAUCCGUUCACCAGAUGGAGUAUCUCGUUCUUACACGUUGGGCCAAUUAAGUAUACAGCGUGCAGCUGUUUGGGUUCUACAGCGCUAUUAUGUAGACUUUCCGAUUUUCAAUCCAUAUUUAGAACGUAUACCGAUUUCGAAAUCGCAGCGCAAUAAAAUCUCUACUAGUUUCAAAUACUAUGAAGUCGAUGGUGUGAAUAAUGCACAACAGCAGAGUCAAAGUCGAGCUGUACUAGCGGCAAAUGCGCGUCGACGGGAUUCAUCGCACAAUGAACGAUUCUACGAAGAACACGAAUAUGAACGACGUGUAAAAAAGCGGCGUGCGCGUCUUAUUACCGCUGCAGAGGAGGCAUUUACGCAUAUAAAACGCAUACACAAUGAACCCGCCCCUGCAGUACCACUCGAUCCGCAAGAAGCAGCGCAGGCAGUAUUUCCAUCAAUGGCGCGUGCAUUGCAAAAAUAUUUACGCGUCACACGACAACAACCUCGUCACACAUUCGAAAGCAUACUCAAACACUUGGCGCAUUGUCUCAAGCAUGAUUUGUCGCCACGGGCAUUUCUCGAGCCCUAUCUAACUGAAGCGCCAGUAUUGCAAAGCGAAAAGGAACGCCGUUGGGUGCAAUCGUGGUCGCUAAUUUGCGAUGAACUUGUGUCACGACCUAUCUCAAAUGAAUGCACAUUCCAACUAAUACAAAACGAUGUCUCACUCUUAGUAUCCAUACAUAAGCUGCCGCAUUUUAAUAUAGCCGAAGAGGUUGUCGAUCCAAAAAGCAAUAAAUUUGUACUGAAAUUAAAUUCCGAAACAUCUGUAUGACAACAAACGUUGAAUACUAACAUGACACCAACACCGACACACAGCAAUGUAACGCAAUCCUCAUAUCUGCACGUGUUUGUAUAGGUCCCAUUAUCAAUCCGGUCUAUAUAUUUACUUAUGCAUUCAUCCUACUAUAUAUCGCAAAUUCUCAACGUUUGCUGCUCAUUUUUAUGACAAAAGCAAUUCUCAAAAUGUUCACAACUCCCAGUGUAUCCUAAUCAUUGACACGCACACAUAUCAAAUAAGUAAUAUCAGCGCUGCACUAAAAUCCUAAUGUAUUUCUGAAGUAUUAGCAGUGACAGCCGAAAAGUAGCAAUGCAAACCUAAUAUAAUAUUAGUUCUUAAGAAUUACAACUUUGGUGUAAGCAGGAAGGUUUUAAAAAUAACUUUUUUAACAUAUGAAAUAGGGAGUGAAAACGUGUAUACAAUUUCUUCACACGAAAUUUUUAUUUAAAUAAUGAUUUUUUUUUUUUUGCCUUUUAUUUAAUAUUUUAGUUUCCUAAAAAGAUUAGUUUAAUACUAUAAAAAUACCUAUUAAAAUAUGUAUGCCUUCCAAGCAAAUAAUAAUUUGUGAAGGGUUGUGCCUACAUAUAGCGAGUUAACUCACAGUUGUGACCUUCGCUCCGAUUUAAUAUAAAGUAUUGCCUUGCUCUAUCAUUUCAGCAUUUUAUUCAGCUAUGAAAGUUUAUAUAAAAUCGUAAAUUGCGCCUGUUUUUAUGAGAAUUUAUUCUACUAAUCGUAACUUAAAACACUUAAUUUACUUCUUGGCGGAACUCCGUAGCUUUGCCAUUUGACGCUCUCAGUGCUUUAUUCAGGCAAAAGUUAGCUUGUAAUCCAAAGCGCUGAUCUCAUUAAAAAACGUUUUAUGCUUAGUAUGGUAAUUUGGCCUUAAUGACUUGUUUUAAAUUUAUAUCUCCAAAAGUUCUUACAAGUAGCUGGCCAAUUUUAAUUAGAGAACUGUCCUAUAUUAACUGGAAAGCAGACCAAUUUUUUAAAUAUAAUACACAAAGUUAUAAGUAAGCAUGUAGCUGUAAGACUUCUGAUUUCCACUAUUUACAAUAAAUAAGUUUUCUACAAAAUCAUGUUUCAUUAAGGUACUUAUAAUACAAAGUUCUCUACAAUUCCUACUAAUCAACAUAAUCUCAAGCAAUUUUUGCACUUAAGUGUCGACUAAAACUUUCUUCAUCAACUCGAAACGCACUAAAACUUGAUCUAUAACUCGGUAUAUAAAAGAGUUACUAACAGGAAAUGCUGACAAAUAAACCAUAAUGUUGGAGACUGUCCAACUGCCAAUUUUAGAUGAGAUUUUAUACAAUAAAUUCAGCUACAUAUAUAAAUCUAUAU